AUGGCUGCCGCUGACCAAGAUAACGGCUGGCGGUUCGCCCAGUGCUUCGGCGAUAAAGGCGAUGUCGAAGACGUCACAGAAGCCGAUAUCAUAUCCGCGGUCGAGUUUGAUUCCACUGGCGACUUUCUUGCGACCGGUGAUAAGGGCGGAAGGAUAGUCUUGUUCGAGCGGAGUGAGGGGAAGAAGGGAUGCGAAUACAAAUUCUAUACAGAGUUUCAGUCUCACGAGCCCGAGUUCGACUACCUGAAAAGUCUGGAGAUCGAGGAAAAGAUCAACAAGAUUCGGUGGUGCAGACGCCAGAACGCUGGGCAUUUCCUCCUCUCAACCAACGACAAGACGAUCAAGCUAUGGAAAAUCUUCGAGAAACCACUAAAGGUCGUUUCCGAGACAAACCUCCUGGUAGACGCGACCCCCGCGCUCGGAGGAAACCUGACGAGGUCAUCUCUCAAAAUGCCCCGCCUGAUUCAUCACGAUACCAUGAUCGCUGCCGUCCCGAGAAAGAUAUACCAAAACGCGCACGCAUACCACAUCAACUCGAUUUCGGUCAAUUCGGAUGGGGAGACCUUCCUGUCGGCUGACGAUUUGAGGAUCAAUCUGUGGAAUCUGAAUGUGUCGGAUCAGAGCUUUAAUGUGGUGGACAUCAAGCCUGUGAAUAUGGAGGAGUUGACGGAAGUCAUAACGGCCGCAGAGUUCCACCCGUCGCAAUGCAAUCUGUUCGUUUACAGCAGUAGCAAGGGGACGAUCAAACUCAACGACAUGAGGCAGGCCGCCCUUUGCGAUAAACAUUCCAAGUUGUUUGAGGAGGAGGAAGAUCCGGCAAACAAAUCCUUCUUCUCAGAAAUCAUAUCCUCGACAUCAGACCUCAAAUUCAGCAGAGACGGGCGAUAUAUCCUGUCGAGGGAUUACCUGACGCUGAAGAUCUGGGAUCUGAAUAUGGAGAACAAACCCGUGAAGACGAUCAACAUCCAUGACCAGUUGAAGAGCAAACUGUGCGAUCUCUAUGAGAACGAUUGCAUCUUUGACAAGUUUGAGUGCACGUUCAGUGGUGACGGAAAAUCCGUCCUAACAGGCUCCUACAACAACUACUUUCACGUGUACGACCUCCAAUCCGAAUCUGACACGGUCCUUCAAGCCGACAAAUCCGCCUUCAAAGCCAAACGCGUCGGCUCCUCCAAGAACAAGUCACCCACCACGGGCACCGGAGCCAACAAAAGCACGCCACGAAAUGAGAGCAUCAAUUUCGCGGACCCGGCGGAUUUCUCAAAGAAGAUAUUGCAUGCGUCGUGGCAUCCGAUGGAGAAUACGGUGGCGUUGGCGGCUACGAAUAACUUGUUUUUGUUUCAGCAGUCGUAA